CAAAAUAUUUACAUAGAAGACUAAAUUGACGGCAAAUCGGUGAUCUGCAUAGAAGAGAGAGUGAAAAUGAAGGUUGCUCCGAUAGUGGUUUUCUUGUUCAAAGACGGUGAGGGUUUCGCCGCCGCUAUGUUACAAGCUCUCCACCCGAACCCCUCAUCCUCCUUCACCCGCCGAGAGGACACAUUCGACCAUUCUCUGGAGCCUUAUGGAAUCAAGCACCACAAAGCCUCUGGCAGCGUUUCGCACUUCGUUGAUGAACACGGCGCUUAUACGGUCUCAAUUGUGGUUAUGGAGCAUUAUGAGCCACCAGUUCUAGUUUGUGCUCUAAAUGAGGUCCUCAAUAAAAUUACUGCUGAUAAAUCAUCCCUGCCAACACUUUUGGUACCAUUUCUGGUGGAGUCUUCCAAGGUUAAAGGGCAAAUUAAAUACCUAGGAUCAGAUGAAAGCAAACCUCUAAUAUUUGGUAUACGGAUUGGUCAAAAUACAGACAUAAUGCGGACAUUACUCAACAAAACCCAGGAGCUACCAUCUUCGUUAUGGAUUCAACAUGAAAAUUUUGCAUCUUUUCUUCACUUUGUUCGUGUAAUGCAGUUGCCGACCUUUCUUCUGAUUGGACAAACUAGUCAGUAUUUGGACAAUAAAUCCACCAAACAUCAUGAGAUAAUUCGUGCUAUAGGUGAGAUUUUGGCUAGCGCUACAGGUCUGCAGUUUUCAGAAGAGAGAGUGGUAUGGAAUCCAAAGAAGAAAUCAGGUGAAAGCAAAGAGCCAUGGCGUGCACUAUAUGGUUGAAACAUCGAUCAUUAACGUACUGAAUUGGAACAUGUAUUUUCAUGGAUCUGAUUCACAUAACCAUUGACCUUGUGGGAAGUGUCUUAGUAUUAUGUAAAGUGAUGGAUGUUGCCAUAACAUUUAGCUGCUGUUCUUUGAGUAUUUGUGGGUUUUCGUUCACCUGUUCGAUGUACUGCGUAGUAGAUUUAACUGUUUAUGUUAUGCACCAUAUUGUGUACUCCCUAUCGCUUUGGUCCUAUUACCUCUUUUGAAGGGAGGUCAAGAUGAGAGCAGCGAUUUUUUAGAUUUUUGUUUCCGUAAUAGAAACACAUUAAAGUUGAGGAGGAGUUUCUAA